AUGCAGUUCACAAUUACCGCAUUCCUCGGCCUCGCUGCUCUGGCGGCCGCGCUGCCACCAGUUGGUCCCUCUGCCGGCGGUAUUGGCAACGCCAACGGCGUCGGUAACAAGGGAAAUUCCCAGAUUCGAUUCCCUGUUCCCGAUAACAUGACUGUCAAGCAGGCCCAGGCCAAAUGUGGCGACCAAGCACAGCUCUCCUGCUGCAACCACGCCACCUACGCACGAGAUACAACCGAUGUUAACAAAGGUCUACUUGCCGGGACUCUCAGUAACUUGGUUGGAAGUGGCUCUGGGGCCGAAGGUCUUGGUCUCUUUGAUCAGUGCUCUCAACUUGACGUUCAAGUGCCUAUCUUUAUUGCUCUGGGCGUCCAAGACUUGAUCAAGAAGCACUGCCAGCAGAACAUUGCCUGCUGCCAGAAUUCUGGUUCUAAUGCAAAGGGGGACCUGAUUGGCGCUGCACUGCCAUGCAUUGCCCUUGGAGCACUCCUCUAG